UACCCAGUAGAUGCGGAUUUAUUGGACCGCUGGUUAUUACCCAUACUGCAAAUUGAAGUGCGUUUUCUUAUCUGAUAGGAAAUCCAAAAAUGGCGGAAGAAUCUUUAUUACUAUCAGAAGAUUUAUCAGCUUCUCCUACUAAAUCUUCUUCACUUGUGUCUGAAAUAUCAAAUGCCUCCACGAGACCUUUUGUUCUUGCUUUCACUGUCGGUUCUUGUGGUGCUUUGAGCUUUGGAUGCAUUGUUGGAUAUACGGCUCCUACACAGUCCAGUAUCAUGAAAGACUUGAAUCUAUCCAUAGCUGAUUUUUCAUUUUUUGGAUCGAUAUUGACGGUGGGGCUAAUCGUUGGAGCAUUAAUUUGUGGGAAAUUGGCAGAUUUGGUUGGUCGUGUCUACACGAUAUGGAUUACAAACAUUCUCGUUUUAAUCGGCUGGUUAGCUAUUGCAUUUGCCAAGGAUGUUUGGCUGCUCGAUCUUGGAAGGUUAUUGCAAGGGAUCUCGGUCGGAAUUAGCUCAUAUUUGGGACCUAUUUACAUUAGCGAGUUAGCACCAAGAAACUUGCGAGGAGCUGCUUCUUCCUUGAUGCAGUUAUUCGUCGGUGUUGGUAUAUCGGUCUUUUAUGCACUUGGAACCGUCGUUGCUUGGCGCAAUUUAGCCAUUUUAGGAUCUAUACCUUCUCUAGUGGUUCUGCCUCUUCUUUUCUUCGUCCCCGAAUCUCCUAGAUGGCUAGCUAAAGUUGGGAGGGAAAAGGAGGUUGAAGGGGUUUUAUUAAGCUUGCGAGGAGCAAAAUCUGAUGUCUCCGAUGAAGCAGCAGCGAUAUUAGAAUACACAAAACAUGUUGAACAACAAGACGUCGAUAGCCGUGGUUUCUUCAAGUUGUUCCAGCGAAAAUACGCGUUACCACUUACUAUUGGAGUUGUUCUUAUAUCAGUGCCUCAGCUUGGAGGUCUUAAUGGUUAUACUUUUUACACCGAUACCAUUUUCACCUCUACCGGUGUAUCAAGUAACGUUGGAUUCAUAUUGACAUCUAUUGUUCAGAUGUUUGGAGGCAUUUUAGGUGUUUUGCUUAUAGACAUAUCCGGAAGACGUUCUCUUCUACUGGUUUCUCAAGCUGGAAUGUUCUUGGGUUGUCUUGCAACAGCCAUUUCAUUCUUCUUGCAGAAGAACAAUUGCUGGGAAAAAGGAACACCAAUAUUGGCUCUCAUUAGUGUUAUGGUGUAUUUUGGAUCAUACGGAUUAGGCAUGGGACCAAUACCAUGGAUCAUAGCAUCAGAGAUUUAUCCAGUAGACGUGAAAGGAGCAGCAGGAACAGUGUGUAACUUGACCACCUCUAUAAGCUCAUGGCUCGUUACUUACUCUUUCAAUUUUUUGCUUCAAUGGAGUUCCACAGGAACAUUUAUGAUGUUUGCCACUGUGAUGGGCCUUGGAUUUGUGUUCACAGCCAAGCUUGUUCCAGAGACCAAAGGCAAAUCUUUAGAGGAAAUUCAACCUUUUGUUCUUGCUUUCACUGUCGGUUCUUGCGGCGCCUUUGCCUUUGGAUGCAUUAUUGGAUAUUCGGCUCCGACACAGACCAGUAUCAUGAAAGACUUGAAUCUCUCCAUAGCUGAUUAUUCACUAUUUGGGUCGAUAUUGACGGUGGGGUUAAUCCUUGGAGCAUUAAUCUGUGGGAAGUUAACAGAUUUAGUUGGUCGUGUCAAAACUAUAUGGAUCACAAACAUACUCUUCUUAAUCGGUUGGUUCGCUAUCGCAUUUGCCAAGGGACCGGUUUACAUCACCGAGAUAGCACCAAGAAACUUGCGAGGAGCUGCUUCUUCCUUCUCGCAGUUAUUCGCCGGUGUUGGUAUAUCGGUCUUUUAUGCGCUUGGAACCGUCGUCACAUGGCGCACUUUAGCAAUUUUGGGAUCUAUACCUUCUCUAUUGGUUCUGCCUCUUCUUUUAUUCAUCCCCGAAUCUCCUAGAUGGCUAGCUAAAGUAGGGAGGGAAAAGGAAGUUGAAGCAGUUUUGUUAAGCCUGCGAGGAGCAAAAUCUGAUGUAUCAGAUGAAACAGCAGAGAUAUUAGAAUAUACAGAACAUGUUAAACAACAACAAGAUGUCGAUAACCGUGGUUUCUUCAAGCUAUUUCAGCGAAAAUAUGCGUUCUCACUUACUAUUGGAGUUGUUCUUAUAGCUUUGCCUCAGCUAGGAGGUCUUAACGGUUAUUCUUUUUACACUGACUCCAUUUUCAUCUCUACCGGUGUAUCGAGUGACUUUGGAUUCAUAUCGACAUCAGUUGUUCAGAUGUUUGGAGGCAUUUUAGGUACUGUGCUUGUUGAUGUAACUGGAAGACGUACGCUCCUAUUGGAGAAUCAUUGCUGGGAAACAGGAACACCUGUCUUGGCUCUCAUUAGUGUUAUGGUGUAUUUUGGAUCAUACGGAUCUGGUAUGGGAUCAAUACCAUGGAUCAUAGCAUCAGAGAUUUAUCCAGUAGAUGUGAAGGGAGCAGCAGGAACAAUGUGUAACUUGGUCAGCUCUAUAAGCUCAUGGCUCGUUGCUUAUUCCUUCAGUUUCUUGCUUCAAUGGAGCUCCACAGGAACAUUUCUGAUGUUUGCCACAGUGGCUGGCCUUGGAUUUGUGUUCAUAGCCAAGCUUGUUCCAGAGACCAAAGGCAAAUCUCUAGAAGAGAUUCAAUCUCUUUUCACUGAUUCUCCUCAAGAUUCUACAAUUUUCUAAAAUUCCCCCAAAACUGUAUAAGAAAGAAGUAUGUAAACA